ACGCCUGCUUAAAAUAAAUUUUUGGGUGAGAUGGGUCUUGUAUUGCCUCCACUUACUGUUUGCAGACCUCAAUUUUUGGGUGAGAGGAACACACGGAGCUUGAGCGCUUGAGCUGCUUCAAGAAGAACAAGAAUCGAGCGAGAUGUGGAAACAGAGACCAUUGAGGCAAACACUCAAACACGUUACCUGCAUUGUAUAGGUUGGUUGAUCCAAAUUCAAAUGGAUGAGGAGGUGGUGUUGGAUUUGAACCAGAUCAGGGCGGUUCGCGUCCUGGGCCGUGGAGCCAUGGCCUCGGUCUUCCUCGUCAGCGCCGCACCCGGCAGUCGCCUCCCCACGCUCUUCGCCCUCAAGGUGUUCGACAAGCAGUCCGCCGCCAAACCCCACGCUCUCCGCCGCGCCCGCUGGGAGCUAUCCCUAUUGUCCCGCCUCUCAGCCGCUCCCGGUGAUCACCACCACCCGUUUCUCCCUUCCCUCCUUGGCUCCGUCGAGACGCCGGACCUCCUCGCUUGGGCGAUCCCCUUCUGCCCCGGCGGCGACCUCCACGCCCUCCGCCGCUCCCUUUCUCCUUCCAACGAGGAGGCGUUCUCCGCGGACGCGAUCCGCUUCUACCUCUCGGAAAUCGUCACCGCUCUCGCCCACCUCCACUCCAUGCGCGUCGCCUACCGCGACCUCAAGCCAGAGAACGUCCUCCUCCGUUCAUCCGGCCAUAUUAUGCUCGCCGAUUUCGAUCUCUCCCGCCACCUCCCUGCCAGAUCGACCACCCACUCCUCCCUUCCUCCUCCACUUCCCUCCGACAACCACAGCCACGCCCCCCGGAGGAAACUCACACGCGUGUUCUCCUUCGGCGCCGCGGACGACCAGAUCAAGAAAGGGAGGUCGGCGAGAGUCUCCCCGGCGAGUCGCCGUAGGACGAGUUCCUCGUCCAUCUCGAAAUCCAGAGAAGGAUCCGGUGGUGACGACGAGCGGUCGUUCUCGUUCGUGGGGACGGAGGAGUACGUGGCGCCGGAAGUGGUGCGCGGCGAAGGGCACGGCUUCGCGGUGGACUGGUGGGCGCUUGGGAUCCUGGCGUACGAAAUGGCAUACGGACAGACGCCCUUCCGGGGGCGGAACAGGAAGGAGACGUUGCGCAACAUUCUUACGCUGCCGCCAAUGUUCCCAGGCCGGCGGCGCACCGAUCUCACUGACAUUAUCGAGCGGCUCGUGGUCAAGGACCCGGAGAGGAGAUUAGGGUUUAGUGGGGGUGCGGAGGAGGUGAAGGCGCACCCUUUCUUCGAUGGGGUGAAAUGGGAGCUUUUGCCAGAGGUGGCGCGGCCUCCGUUCCUGGCGCCGGUAAUUUUACCUUUCUUUCUUCCGUUCCUCCUACUCUCGAAUCUGCUCUGCGAGGAAGGAACUAAGAUCGAAGGGUUCAGAGGAGUUGAGGAGCGGUUGGUCCGAGUGAUGGAGGAGGGGUUGAUCAGACUACCAUCAUGCAGGUUAUACAGCAAUAACUUUGAGUGCAUGAAUGUCGUGUUCAAUGAGAUUCGAGAUCGGCUGGAUAGGCAUGAGGAUCGGCUUGAACAACUUCAGCAAGAGCCAUUACCUAGGCAUCGGAGACCCGACCAGUGGCCAUAUUUUGCUCCAAAUGUACCAGAUGAUGACUAUGAUGAUGGGGCGAGCAAUGAAGUGAUCUCCAAUGCUACUUGGAGGAGGGCUAGGGCUAUCAGACCCGAAAGACCAAGGCAUGUUCAAAGGAAACACCGAGAAAGGGAAGCCGUAGAUCGUAACAUGGGCACCAUCAAGCUGUCCAUUCCUCCAUUUCAAGGUAAAAAUGACCCUGAUGUUUAUAUUGAAUGGGAGAGGAAAGUUGAGUUGGUAUUCGAUUGUCACAAUUACUCGGAGGAGAAGAAAGUGAAGCUUGUUGCAGUGGCUUUCACCGACUAUGCCAUUGUAUGGUGGGAUCAGCUGCCCCUGAGUAGAUGUCGUAACCAUGAGCUUCCCAUCGAUAAUUGGGAGGUCAUGAAAGCCGUUAUGAGAAGAAGGUUUGUUCCAUCUCACUAUUAUCAGGACUUACAUUUAAAAUUGCAACAUCUGAAGCAGGGGUCCAUGACUGUGGAAGACUACCACAAGGAGAUGGAGAUAGCCUUGAUUCGGGCUAACAUUGAGGAGGACCGAGAGGCAACCAUGGCUCAGUUCAUCUGUGGCCUGAAUCGUGAGAUUGCCAAUAUUGUUGAGCUACAUCACUAUGUAGAGCUUGACGAUGUGGUGCACAUGGCAAUGAAAGUUGAAAGACAACUCAAGAAAGGAGUGCGAUCAUCUUCCAAGUAUGAGGCUGCAAAUUCAUCCCCUUGGAAGCAGAAGUGGGGAUCAUCAAAACCAACUGAGAAAGCAGUUUCAAAAUCUAAGGGAGAGACGAAUGUGGCCAAGACCUAA